UUGGACAUAUUGGACGUUUCCUUGUUGGACAGUCUGAUGUCUCUCUGUUGGACAGUCUAAGACCUCCUUGUUGGACAAUUUGGACGUCUCUUUGUUGGACAUAUUGGGCGUCUCUUUGUUGGACAGUCUGAAGUCUCCUUGUCGGUGUCCAUCUUCUCAGAGAUGAAGUGUCUCCGGUUUCUGAGCUUGCUCAGUGUGUUCGUCCUGUCACUGCGGGAGGAACUCGGCUGUGAGGGGAUGACCCUGAACUCUGUCCUCCUCCGUCAGGUGUCAGGAGCAGCAGGAGGAAGAGCAGGAGGAGCAGGAGAAGGAGGCAGGGCAGGAACAGCAGGAGGAGGAGCAAGAGAAGGAGAUGGAGCAGGAGGAGGUGUCCGUCUCCAUCAGAGGAGGAGGAGGAGCUGGGUGUGGAACCAGUUCUUCGUCCUGGAGGAGAACACCGGAGACGAGCCGCUGUACGUCGGAAAGCUCCACUCUGACGUGGACAGAGCUGACGGUCGGGUCAGGUACAUCCUGAGCGGUGACGGAGCAAUGUCCGUCUUCACCAUCGAUGAGAGGACAGGAGACAUUCAUGCCAUCAAGAGGCUGGACCGGGAACAGCAGCCGUACUACACCCUGAGAGCACAGGCUCGAGACCACCUCACCAACCUGCCGGUCGAACCUGAGUCCCAGUUCAUCAUCAAAGUCCAGGACAUCAACGACAACGAGCCCAAGUUCCUUGACGGACCUUACACUGCCAUGGUGGCUGAGAGGUCUCCUGUAGGUACAUCAGUGGUGACAGUGGUGGCGACAGACGCUGAUGAUCCCACCUACGGAAACUCUGCCAAACUGGUUUACAGCAUCCUGCAGGGUCAGCCAUACUUCUCUGUGGAGCCAAAGACAGGUGUGGUGCGGACAGCUCUACCUGACAUGGACCGAGAGGUGCGGGACCAUUACCUGCUGAUCGUUCAGGCCAAAGACAUGAUUGGUCAGAUGGGUGGUUUGUCCGGAACUACCUCUGUCACAGUGAGGCUGACUGACGUCAAUGACAACCCCCCUCGCUUUCCCCGCAAGAGUUACCAGUUCAGGGUUCCAGAAUCGACACUGGUUUCAGCCGUAGUCGCUAAGAUCAAAGCCCUGGAUCUGGACAUCGGUCCAAAUGCUGAGAUGGACUACAGAAUCCUGGAUGGAGAUGGACUGGGAACCUUCAGGAUGAUCACUGAUCCGAACACACAGGAGGGACUGAUCACGCUGCAGAAGACUCUGGAUUUUGAAACCAAGUCGAGCUUCACACUGCGAGUCGAGGCAUGCAAUCGUUAUGUGGACACUCGUUUCCUGACCAUGAGUCCAUUCAGCGACGUGGUGACGGUUCGUCUGCUGGUGGAGAACCUGGAUGAGCCUCCAGUCUUCUCCUCCUCCAUCAGUCGGAUGUUGAUCUCUGAGGCAGCUCCAGUGGGAACUGAUGUGGGAUCAGUUUCAGCUCACGAUCCCGAUGCCAAGAGCAGCCCCAUCAGGUACUCGAUAGACUGGAAGUCAGACGUGGAGCAUUACUUUGAUGUUGACAGCAGUUCAGGUGUGAUCACAACGGCCCGACCUCUGGACAGAGAGGUCAUCGCUUUACACAACAUCACCGUCCUCGCCAUGGAGAGCCUGGAUCCGUCUCAGGUGGGGAAAGCUGUGGUUCUGGUCUCUGUGACGGACAUUAACGACAAUGCUCCAAGCUUCGCCGUUGAGUACGAAACCUUCGUCUGUGAGAACAGCCGACCUGGACAGGUCAUCGAGACUCUGAGCGCUGUGGACUGUGAUGAACCAGAGAACGGACAUCACUUCCUGUUUUCUCUUGCCAUAGAGGCCACCAGGAAUCUCAACUUCACCCUGAGAGACAAUAGAGACAACACAGCGUCUGUCCUGACUCAGCUUGGUGUCCUGCAGCGGGAUCAGUUGGUCCACUUGCUGCCAGUGGUGAUCUCAGAUGGCGGGAAUCCACCUCUCAGCAGCACCAGCACGUUGUCCAUCACAGUCUGUCACUGUGACGCCAACGGAAACCGCCGCUCCUGCAGCCAGGGGGCCUCACCGCUGCUGGUGGUCGGUCUCAGCACUGCCGCCAUCGCCGCAGUCCUCACCUGUGUCCUCACACUGCUGGGUGUUGUCAUGGUGAUGGUGGCUGUCAGGAACAGGAUUGGGGAGCCUCUGAUGGCGGAUGUUGAGCGAGACAUUCGUGAGAACAUUGUUUGUUAUGACGAUGAAGGUGGAGGUGAGGAAGACACCGAGGCUUUUGACAUGUUCACUCUGAGACACCUGAACACCAAACCAACCCCCCGAGACCACAACAUCCACCAGGCCCACCCUAUGGACAGGAACAGGCUGUUCCAGGGGUUCAUUAGAGACCGACUGCAGGAAGCAGACCUGGACGUGACAGCGCCACCCUACGAUUCUCUACAGACCUACGCCUUCGAGGGCAGCGGGUCCACCGCCGACUCACUCAGCUCGUUAAACACGUUAAGUUCACUGAACUCGUUAAACUUGUUUGAGUCUGAGCAGAACUACGACUUCCUGAGGGAGUGGGGGCCCAGGUUCAGGAAGCUCGCAGACCUGUACGGACACCACGAGGGGGCGGGGUUUGCCUCAUAGCCUCACACUGCACUUCCUGUUUGUCUUUUUGUGCUGUCUGAACUGGGUCCGGAUCUGGAUCUGGAUCUGGAUCUGGAUCGCAGUCCAGUCUCAGACCAGCAGCUCUGCUCGGGGAGAGAUACCCAACAUGCAUUUCUUUGGACUCUGAGGAUCCUCCCUGAAGUCAGCCAUUUUGUAGUUCUAUCAGA